AUGGUUCAUCUCUCUAGCAAGCAAGUCGUUGAAAAGGAAGCUACUUUUGGUGCUCACAACUACCACCCUCUUCCUGUUGUAUUCUCUGAAGCAAAGGGUAUUUGGGUUACUGAUCCCGAGGGAAAGAAGUAUAUGGACUUCUUGUCUGCUUAUUCCGCUGUCAAUCAAGGUCACUGUCAUCCCAAGAUCGUUAAGGCUUUGUGUGAUCAAGCACAGAAAUUGACCUUGUCCUCCAGAGCAUUCUAUAAUGACAUCUAUAGUGCUUAUGCCGAAUAUAUUCAUGAUUACUUUGGAUAUGACAUGGUUUUACCAAUGAAUACUGGCGCUGAAGCUGUUGAAACUGCUAUCAAAUUGGCUCGUAAGUGGGGUUAUGAAAAGAAAGGCAUCAAGGAAAAUGAAGCUAUUGUCUUGAGUUGUGAAAACAAUUUCCAUGGUCGUACGACUGGUGUCAUCUCGAUGUCUACCGAUCCUGAUUCUUAUUCCGGAUUUGGUCCUUACCUUCCUCUGGUUGGUCCUAAUGUAACUGAGACUACUAUCAGAUACAACAACUUGGAAGACUUGGAAAAGGUACUUAAUGCUGUUGGUAAGAAUGUAGCUGCCUUUUUGGUUGAACCUAUUCAAGGUGAAGCUGGUAUCAUGGUUCCUGAUGAUGGUUACUUGAAGAAGGCCUAUGAACUCUGUAAGAAGCAUAAUGUGCUCUUUAUUGCUGAUGAAAUUCAGACUGGUCUUGGCCGUACAGGAAAGAUGCUUUGUGUUGACCAUGACAACGUUCGCCCUGAUAUCGUCCUUCUCGGUAAAGCUCUCUCUGGUGGUGUUUACCCUGUUUCUGCAGUCUUGGCUGACCGUGACGUCAUGUUAUGCAUUAAGCCAGGAGAACAUGGUUCUACUUAUGGUGGUAACCCUCUUGGUUGUGCUGCUGCUAUUGCUGCACUUGAAGUCAUCAAGGAAGAAAACUUGGUUGAAAACUCUGAAAAGUUGGGUCAAAAGUUCAGAGAAGCACUCAAGAAUAUCAACAGUCCUUUAAUCAAGACUGUUCGUGGCCGUGGUCUCUUGAAUGCAAUUGUCAUUGAUGAAUCAAAGUCCGAAAGAACAGCCUGGGAACUUUGCUUGUUACUCAAAUCUAGAGGCUUGUUGGCUAAACCUACUCACGUGAACAUUAUCCGUUUAGCUCCUCCUCUUUGUAUUACAGAGGAAGAGUUGAUGAAGGGUGUUGACAUCAUUGCUGGUGCUUUGAAGGAUAUUGUUAAUAUGAAGAAGGAAGAUGUUCCUAAUGAACUUGAACACUAA